GCCAGUGAACAAGUCGUUUUCAAAGUCACAUGAUUGAAGCUGGACGAGUAAACGGAGAGUUGUGACCACAGAGCUUCACUCUCAGCGUUGCUCAACAAAAACCCUCUGAUAAACACAACACACGAACAAAGCUAUUCUCCUCCCGAAAAAAAGCAGACUUUUCUCUCUCUUUUUUUUGCGGGGGUGGAUUUUAAUGAAGGAUAAAAAAACAUUUCUUGAGAAUUUUGGUUACAAUACCAUUGAAAGACAAGCCAGCCUCUGUUUUUUUUUCAGGGCCACAAACCGGACCGGUCUGGACCACCCACAUGGGGUGUAACACAACCCAGUGGCCUGUAGCGUAUUCUAGGUAGUUUCACCGGUGGCAGUGACCCUCCUGGGAUGUUACGGAAGAGCAGUGACACUGGAGGAGGAAGAGGAGGAGGAGGAGAGAGUAAUACUAAACAGAACAAACAGCAUCGCUCCAGCUCCACCCAGGGCCUGUCUCGCUUCUCCAACCCCGACACAGGGUCACCGUCGACUGGGUCGACAAAGACCUGGGACAUGGGCCGGAGCUCCAGGCCUCCUCUGGGGAGUGUGGGGCUGGGGUUCACCGUGGCAGGAGCGCCGGGGGCGGAUCCGGACUACGUCAUGCAGCUGUUGAACGACGUGCGGAGGUUUGCAGACGUGCUGCUCAGCCUUAAAGAAACCUGCCACUCUAAAGAGUCCCAUGAUGCUCUCCCUCAGCGGGUACAGGAGAGGUUGGGAGAGCUGCUACGAGUUCUCAAGUCUGUCAUCGGCAAACACCACACCCUCAACUCUGUAGACAUCCUCAGGGCCGCGGGCACCGUCAUCGCUAAGGUCAAAGGCAUUAACGUCAAGGAGGUAAACCAGGAAAACAAAACCGCUAUAUUUGGCGAGAUAUACGCGUCCAUUGACACUUUGGCAUUCACAUUUGGCAAUGUAGUGUCUGACUUUCUUAUGGGAGAUGUGGACAGCCAAUCAGGGUUGGGGAUCCCACCGACCAGGAGAAGCAGGUCUUCUGAGAAUCUCUCUGUGGAUUCUGGGAGAUGUGUUCCAGAGAAGGAUACUGGGUGGAAGAAUGACCUAGUGGGCCCAGAGGUGGUGCUGUCUGAGGAGGAGGAGGAGGAGGAUGUUGACCUGACGCUGCAGAAGAACGACAGCGGGGUGGAGUCGGCUCUGCUCUAUGCCAAGGCCUGGUCUAAGUACACCAAAGAUCUGCUGGCCUGGGUCGACAAACGCCUGGGACUGGACAUCGAAUGUGCCAAGAGCUGUGCCAAAAUGGCAGAAUCUGCAAAGAUGCUUGCGAGUCAACAGGACUACAUGCCAUUCAGGGAGACCUAUAUCUCUACGUUUAAGAAUGACACAGAGUACAGCCAACUCCUCCUGCAGACUGCCACUGCCCUGCAGACCAACAAAUUCAUUCAGCCGCUGUUGUCCAGAAGGACUGAGCUGGACAAACUGAGGAAAGACCUCAACGAGCAGUGGCAGAGAGAACAGAAGAAAAUGCAAGAGUCCGAGGCGGCGCUGCGUAAGGCCCAGUGGGCCCAGACCCAGAGGACAGACGAGUACCAGAAGGCCCAGUCGUCAGCCAGCCGCUCCCAGGAGGAACAGCCCAGACAGCUGGACAAGAAGAGGAAACUGGAGGAGGAGGCUCUACAGAAGGCUGAGGAUGCGAGGGACCACUACAGAUCCUGUGUAGCUGAUGCAGGAGCCAGGAGGGCAGAGCUGGCCAGCACCAAGACAGACAUCCUCACUCAGAUCAGAGAACUGCUGGCUCAGUGUGACCUCACACUCAAAGCUGUGACCGUCAACUGGCUCCAGCUGCAGCAGGCCCAGACCGUGCCUCUCCCCGGCCACUACCAGGCCCUGUGUGAAAACGCGAAGAUGUACGAGCCUGGACAGAAAUACGCAGAGUUUGUCAGAAAUCUACCCAAAGAUCAGAUACACAUGGAGUCCUUCUCCGUUGACGGACGGUUUGCUUUGUUCAGCAAGCGUUCGCUGGGCAGCACGAGUUCCCAUGGUAACUUGUCCCAGGUGUCCCUGACCUCCGAUGACGUCCUGAGUGGGGACGAGGUGGACAGUCCCCUGGGGUCGAGACCUGGGAAGAGGUCCAACAGCGCCACAGACAUACAAGGUGACUUUAAACGCAGACUACCCAGAACCCCCUCCACUGGCACCAUGUCCUCAGCAGACGACCUGGACGAGAGACAACCAUACUCAGACAACGGUCUGGGUGAGAUAGUGACCGAGGCAGACGGUUCCCCUGGUCCGUUUCGUAACGCCCAGAUGUCCAAGGCGUCUCAGACACACAAGCUGAGGAAACUCAGAGCGCCGUCUAAGUGCAGGGAGUGUGACAGUCUGGUGGUUUUCCACGGAGCAGAAUGUGAAGAGUGCUCCCUGGCCUGUCAUAAGAAGUGUCUGGAGACCCUGGCCAUCCAGUGUGGUCAUAAGAGGCUGCAGGGAAGACUACAGCUGUUUGGGAUAGACUUCAUCCAGGCAGCGAAGAACAGCCCAGAUGGGAUCCCCUUCAUCAUCAGGAAGUGUACCUCUGAGAUCGAGGGCAGAGCACUCAACCUCAAGGGAAUCUAUCGUGUGAACGGGGCGAAGUCUCGUGUGGAGAAGCUGUGUCAGGCGUUUGAGAACGGCAAGGACCUGGUUGAGCUCUCUGACCUCUCACCCCACGACAUCGGCAACGUGCUCAAACUCUACCUGAGACAGUUACCAGAGCCGUUGAUCCUGUACCGUUACUAUAAUGACUUCAUCGGAUUGGCCAAGGCGAGCCAGAGGGUGAUCAUCGAAGAGAAGGCUGUAGCCAGGGCCCUCCAGGACCAGGGGCGGCCAGGGGGAGAACAACCCCUACCAGGAGGCACCCAGCCUGGUGUAGAGGGAGAGCAGCCUCCCCUGAGAACCAGCCAGCCUGGAGGAGACCAGCCCAGUAUCAAACUCAAUAGAGUCAUCUUUAAGAUUAGAGACCUGUUACGACAGCUACCGCCUGCAAACUACAAGACUCUACGCUUCCUCAUCGCACACCUACACAGAGUGACAGAGCAGGCGGAGGAAAACAAGAUGACAGCCAGUAAUCUGGGUAUUAUUUUCGGCCCUACGCUGGUCAAACCACGACAGACUGAUGCAGAGGUUUCCCUGUCUUCUCUGGUUGAUUACCCUUACCAGUCACUGAUGGUGGAGUUGCUGGUACGUCACUUCCAGAUGAUCUUUGACGUGGCCAGCCCCGUCUCCUCCAUGGCGGACCAGACCUCCACCCGACUCACCCUUCAGGAGGAGCAGAGACUCAGCCUUCGCUCCGUCUCCCUCCUCGACAUCAAGGAGAGCACCAAAGUCUGCAAGAGACACUCGUCGGUCAUCCCAUCCUCUCAUAUCCUGGAUGAGGAGAAGACAGGAAGGACUGGACCAGACAGGAGAGAGUUAACAGCCCUGGAGAGGCUCAACGGCGUCGGCUCUGCUGCUGCUGGUGCUCCCAAGGUGCAGAGGUCUACCCUUGUGUUUGGCCGUCCCAGCAUCAAUCUCUCCUCCUCUACCUCCUCUACGGCCCCUCGGGUCCAACUUCGCUCCCAGCGCUCGAGAAUACUGUUCCGACCAAUCAGCAUGCCCUUGGAGCGCCUGCCCCUCCCCACCCCCUCCCAGGUCGUUGAGACGAACAACCAGAACACCAACGACGCCGCCAUGUUGGAUCCCACCGCUGACUCCAUCACGGAGUCGGCCGAGCCGGAGAAGGAAACGCCUCGGAUUGGUGAGGGGUCAAGGGUCAGUACCUACUUUAUCACACCCUUCAAUCCCCAGGCCGUGCAGCGUAGGACCUGGGACAGAAAGUACAAACACUAUGAUGUCACGCCGCGCACCGCCAUGAUCAUGGCUAAUUUACCGCCUGCCGGUGCUGGCCCCGGAACACAGCCGACGAUGCCGACACAACCAUCCGUAUCUGGGCCGACUAGCUCUGCUCUCCCAUCCAGUGGAAGUGUCGGCACCAUAUUCACCAACAGCCCUUACAUGUUAUCGGGGAAGGCUGGCCAGACGUCCAGAAGAGACAGAGAGGAGACAAAGGACAGGCCUAACUCUGCUGCUGGAGGUGGUGGGGAGACUAGAACCUCUACCAACUCCCCCAUAGCGUUCAGACAACCAAGGAAUCUGCAGCCUCCGCCCGGAACCUUCUACAAGCCUCCUGGUGGUUCUUCAGCCACAAGAGGGUGGCCAUCAUCAAGUACCUCUGGGACCACUAGCCCCAUCAAUAUGUCCCCAACCCCUACUGUUAAAACCUCUUCCCCGACCACCUCUACUGUUAAAACCUCUUCCCCGACCUCUCCUACUGUUAAAACCUCUUCCCCGACCAUCUCUACUGUUAAAACCUCUUCUCCUACUGUUAAAACCUCUUCCCCGACCUCUCCUACUGUUAAAACCUCUUCCCCGACCUCUCCUACUGUUAAAACCUCUUCCCCGACCUCUCCUACUGUUAAAACCUCUUCCCUGACCUCUCCUACUGUUAAAACCUCUUCCCCGACCUCUCCUACUGUUAAAACCUCUUCCCUGACCUCUCCUACUGUUAAAACCUCUUCCCCGACCUCUCCUACUGUUAAAACCUCUUCCCCGACCUCUCCUACUGUUAAAACCUCUUCCCCGACUUCUCCUACUGCUCUCCUCCUCCUCGCUUCCUCCCAUUCCUCCACCAUUACUUCCUCCACUACCCCUAUGGUUACCACCGCCACCCUUCAGACCUCAAACCUCCCCAUACACUGUCCACAGGACUCAGUGGACAGCUCUGUUAGUGUUGACCCUGAGGUUGAGACCUCCGCUGACCUUCUACCUCCCCGGUCCCCUCCCCCCAGCAGCCCAGAGGACCUCAGCCCCACUGAGGCCAAACCGCUGCACCAAAGAUUGAGACCCCGGCCCAAACCCAGCGCUCCCGGCGAGGCCCACUUUGUCUGAACCGUGAUGUCAUCGCACACAGCUGGGGAAACAGAAAACAACAACAACAACAGCCAGCAACAGCAUUGGCCAAGACUUCCAAUGAUAAUGGCCACGUUCCUGCCCGACGACGCACAGUCCGUGACGUGGCACACCACCAUAGGCAGGCAUUACUUUACAUCAACCAAUCUCUUUCCUCCCUUUGCGUGGCUCUAGGGAAACAGAGGUGGUUUGUUGGGGGGGGAAACCCCAACAGUGCGCCGUAUUGAAUUACUGUUGAAGUCUGUAAGCAGGAAGUCUCCCCACUGUGGAUGAUGUCAUAUUGCCGUGUCUCCUUCUUCUACAGCCCAAAUAAAACAGUUUUUAUAUA